AUGCCCUGCACCAUGAAAUGCUGGUUCCCGGUGCUGCUCCUCCAGCUGCUCCUCCUGCGCCCCCCGCGGGUGGGCUCCUGCCCGGCCCGCUGCGAGUGCGCCCCCCAGCUGCGGUCCGUGGUGUGCCACCGCAAGAGGCUGACCUCCAUCCCCGAGGGCAUCCCCAGCGAGACCAAGAUCCUGGAGCUCAGCAAGAACCGCAUCCGCUGCCUGAACCCGGGGGACCUCUCCCCCUACCCCCUGCUGGAGGAGCUGGACUUCAGCGAGAACAUCAUCUCCAACGUGGAGCCAGGGGCCUUCAGCAACCUCUUCCACCUGCAGACCCUGCGCCUGAGGGGCAACCAGCUCAAGCUGAUCCCCCCGGGGGUCUUCACCAAGCUGAGCAACCUGACCCUGCUGGACCUGAGCGAGAACAAGUUGGUCAUCCUGCUGGACUACAUGUUCCAGGACCUGAGGAACCUGAAGAGCCUGGAGGUGGGUGACAACGACCUGGUGUACAUCUCCCAGAGGGCUUUCUCGGGGCUGCUGGGGCUGGAGCAGCUGACCAUCGAGAGGUGCAACCUGACCUCCCUCUCGGCCGAGUCCCUCUCCCACCUGCAGAACCUGGCGGUGCUGCGGCUGCGGCACCUCAGCAUCUCGGCACUGGAGGAGCAGAACUUCCGGCGGCUCCCCAACCUCCUGCAGCUGGAGAUCGACAACUGGCCCCUGCUGGAGGACGUCUCCCCCACCAGCUUCCAGGGCCUGAACCUCACCUGGCUCUCCAUCACCUACACCAACCUGACGGCCGUGCCCGCCGCCGCCCUGCGCAACCUGCCCUACCUGCGCUACCUGAACCUCUCCUACAACCCCAUCAGCGCCCUGCUGAGAGGCUCCUUCCGGGACCUGGUGCGGCUGCAGGAGCUGCACAUCGCGGGGGCGCUGCUGGCCUCGGUGGAGCCCCAAGCCUUCUGGGGCCUGCGGCAGAUCCGGCUGCUCAACCUCUCGGGCAACCUGCUGUCCACGCUGGAGGAGAGCACCUUCCACUCGGUCAACAGCCUGGAGACGCUGCGGGUGGACAGGAACCCCCUGGCCUGCGACUGCCGCCUGCUGUGGGUGCUGCAGCGCCGCAAGACCCUCAACUUCGACGGGCAGCAGCCGGUCUGCUCCUCCCCGCCCCAGCUGCGCGGCGGCGCCCUGCGGGACCUGCCCGACUCGGUGCUCUUCGAGUUCUUCACCUGCCGGCGGCCGCGGAUCCGGGACCGGCGGCUGCAGCACGUAACGGCGCGGGAGGGGCAGGCCGUGAGCUUCCUCUGCCGCGCCGAGGGCGAGCCGGACCCUUCCAUCUCCUGGGUGUCCCCCCAGCACCGCGUCAUCACCGCCCGCAGCACCGGCAGGGCCACCGUGCUGCCCGGGGGCACGCUGGAGAUCCGCUUCGCCCAGGUGCAGGACAGCGGCACCUACGUCUGCGUGGCCAGCAACGCGGGGGGCAACGACACCUACUUCGCCACCCUGACGGUGCAGGGGCGCCCGCCCGGCGGUGCCCACCCUGCCAAUCGCAGCCUCUACCCCCUGGACUUCAACGACACCGCCCACAACGACACCCAGGUGCUGCUGAAGUUCACCCUGGACCUCAAGACCAUCCUGGUGUCCACGGCCAUGGGCUGCAUCACCUUCCUGGGGGUGGUGCUCUUCUGCUUCCUCCUCCUCUUCGUCUGGAGCCGGGGCCGGGGGCAGCACAAGAACAACUUCUCGGUGGAGUACUCCUUCCGCAAGGUGGACGGACCCACGGCCACCACCGGCCAGGGGGGAGCCAGGAAGUUCAACAUGAAGAUGAUCUGA